AUGGAAUCGGUAUGUUUUGUUGAUAUUUUAUCUUACUAGUCAAUAAUCUUAUUUUAGUUUGUCUUUGUUCGAGGAAAUCAGCGCGUCGUUGAAGUUACGGCAGAAAUUGAUGGCAUUAUCAGCAAAAAGACUUUGAGGGCAGCUUUCCAACUUGAAGAGGACGUGCCGAUCGGAUUGUUCAGGAACAACAGAGGCUUAAAGUAGGUUUUUAAUGGCUCUUAUUUAAGACAUUUCGAUUUUCGUUAGCAAUUUUAAAUAAAAUUCUGAACAAAUUUUUUAUUAAGUUUUUUAGGUGCAGAGAAGACGAUUUUUUUGAGCUACAAGAUGGAUGGAACGGAGCCGAGUACGAAUUGCGAUGGGAGGAAGAGCGACGAUCGCGUCGAGCAACGCCAGCAGAUCAAGGUAUUUUUUUAAAUAUUUCACACCUUUUAUUGAUUUUUACAUUUUAAGAUUUAUUUUAAACAUUGUCAAUUUAUUUAUCAAUUCUAGGUGCUACUAAUCCGAAAAGGCAAAAACUGGACCCGGCUCCCGAACAGCUCCCUGUUGAUGGUGAUUUGGCCGCUUCUAUUGGACAAUAUGCUCUGUUUUACAAUGUGAAAAGCGACGACUACAAAAGAUGCGCGAUCCCGUUGAGCACGAAACUCGCAGCAACAUUUCAACAUGGCGAGAACAAAAAGAUCAAAAUAGGUGUGUUAGUAAUGGGUUUAUUUUAAUUGGCUAUUUUUAGAUGAUGAAAUUGUAAUUCGCUCGUGGUCGGAUGAGAAGUUCAAUGUAAAAACUCGUGUUGUGAGAAUCAUUGAAGAACUCGAUGUGAUCAUCUUAAAAUCGGACGAAAAAGAUUUGUGUAAUCAAAGUUUGCCUUUGAGUCCAGUUCCGCCUCAAAAAGGAAUGGAAUAUCUGAUGGUAAUUUUUUAUCAAAUGAAAUUUUUUCUAAAUUACCCUUAAAACACUUUUUUUUAGAUGGGAUAUUCGAUUCUUCACAACAAGACAAGCCAUCUUUCACUGUCUACGGGAAUCAUCGCUAGUGAUGUGAAGCGAAGAUUUCGAUAUACGGGAUCGAGUGGUUCAUUCAAAGGAGAUAGUGGUGGCGGAUGUUGGAACAAAAAGGGGCAAUUAAUAGGAAUGCAAGUCGAGGUGGAAAAGGGGGGGCACACGAAAGAUGACAAAGGACGACCUGCAUCUCCUGCAUGCGGAGGUCGUUGUUGUAUCGUCGCAGUCUGUGAUGUUCUCGUGGCGAUUCGGGUAAUAUUAAUUGUUAUUUUCACUCAAACAAUUUUUGGAUUUUAGGAUUUGUUGCCACCGGCCGACUCUGAUGAGGAAUAUGAAUGGAACGAAUGA